UUUCCACAUUUCUGGUGAUCAAAUGCAGCUGAUUUCAACAGAAUCGAGCCUGUCGGAAAGCAGUCCUGACUUACUUAUAUAGAGCCACUACAGGGUCUAUGGUCACCCUUUGAAACUUUCACUAUUUUCGAUGAACACUUCCUACAUCAACAACACCUACUACAUCAAUGUUACUGGAGUGUCAGAAGAGACGCUCUUCCAAAUAUAUUGCCUGAAUCCGCCUUCGACUUCUUGCUAUGAGCCGUGCCCAAACCUCGAUGUCACCGGCAUAGGACAGCAAGUUGCACUUGGAGUUGCAGCAACUGUCUUCGUUAUUCACAACACCGGUGAAGUCCGACUCGCGUAUUACAGCUACCUUGCCAAUAUCUACUCCCUCCUCAUAUCUGCUGUCAUCUCGAUGUCCAACAUGCAGCUCACACGGAAUGACGCCGUCUUUGUUGUCGUGGCGAUCGCAAACCCUGGUACCCUCUAUCUUUGGGUCAUAGCAUUCAUGACCCUAGCAAAACACCCACCAAGGCGUAUCAAGGAUAAGAUCGCUCAUCAUUACGAGUGGAAAUUCUUCAUUUGCUUAUCCGUCGCCUCAUUCGUGAUCUGGAUCAUUAUGCUCGGGCUUCUUACUCACCCCCCCAACGGGGUCAGGUUCAGUCAGCAAGACUGUAGUCAUGAAUAUGGUCAGACUGAGAUCAUCAAUUUAAUCUGGUCUGGAAUUUUCUUUCUGAGGGCGGUGGUCGCAAUUUCUUUGCUUCUGGUGGUCCCAAGGGCAUGGGAGCAAAGGAAUCAGAGCUCCAACAAUUAUGAUUUGGAUGAUGGUCAGCGAACAGGCCGGUCUCAACCUAACAAUGUGGACCUCUCACUUCCUGAGGACGUCCAAGUGUGCACGAUACGCAGUCUCUCCCCAUUUUUUCGCUAGCGUCCUUUUGAUGAUGCAACUUUCAUACAUAACAUAUUUGCCGGUCCUGGAAAUCGCAGG